AUGGCGCACAUUGCCGAGCAUCCCUCUCGGGCAAAGCGUAGAAAGCUUGACGAUGAGCAGGGCAGCGAGGAUGUCAAUUUCACCUCUCCCUCCCAACUGCGCGAACUCCUAGUUUUCCAGCAGAACGCCCCGGCCGCCAAGCAAGGCAUCCUCAAAUUCAAGGAAUUUCUAGUAUCAAUUGGUCAGACCGAAAAGGAGAGCGACAAGGCCCAGAAGCUUCGUGUGCUGAAGGGCUAUUGCGAUAAGCAAAUUACCCCCGGCAAAGAGGAAGACUCCUCGGUCUGCUUCCCGGACCUCAUUCAGACCUGGAGCUUCGCCGAUAGCAACAACAAUGAGCCACUACUAACUAAUAUUCCCUCUGUUCUGGCGAUUUUUCUGAAGACUAUCUCCCGCCAGCUCGAAUUCCGGGAAUUCGGGAUCGCUCUGUGCAAGCAUCUGCUGCAGAAGGACCAACUCAGACUUUUCAACCGUGGCUUGACGGCCACAAAGACAAAGGAGCACCUGAUUUCUCCUUGCUUGCGUCUUCUCACAGAAAUCGUCACCUAUGACGGUGGUGCCGUGGCUCGAAAGCUGUACAUCAGUCGUUAUAUCACCUUCAAGCGAUUCGAAAUCUUUUUGACACCUAGCAAGCUGCAGCUUGAGGCCGCAGAAGAGGAUGCACCGAAGUCGACGCUCCGACGAAACGCUGUGAAAUAUCUGCUUGCCAAUUUGAGAGUCCAACAAACCUUGGAAAAAAGCGAUAUCCUCGAGCAGCCCAAACUGACUCGAGCGCUGCUUGAACACGUCCGGAAAGAUUCUCGGGCGGACGCCUUGGAAGUCAUCAAAGCAAUUGAGCGCGACAUCGUGCAAGAUGAAUCAUUGCCACGCAAAUCAAAGAGCAAAUUCUUCAACCGAUGGAACCUGGAGAAGUUGGUGACGCUGUAUGGCUAUGACCGUGAGUCUGACGAACCCAAUCCGGAGGGGAUCUUGAUUGCCAACGAGAUUCACCGGGUCCUGAUGAAUGUCUGCAAGACCUCUGGUCUUGGUGUUCUACUUCCCGAGACAGGCUGGUAUCCUGUUGGGACUGACCCCGAGACUGUGCCAAUUGAGGAUGGUGAGUGUAUCGAACUGGGUCUCGACUCACCUAUUCACGUCGACAAGUACCGGGAGUCCGUUCCUGUACGGAACAAUUCCUUGUCUCAUCUGAUUCAAUGCCUUCGCCCGGAUGUAGACAGCCUGCAGAUUGAGUUGCUGGUCACCAUUUUCAAGGUCGCUCCGGAGCUGAUCGCCGACUUCUUUACCAAGAAGACUAUGUUCACCGCAGACCCCAAAGCCACCCCGUCGUGGAUGGCAGAGUCUGCUUUCCUCUUCUCAACUGUGCAGCUACCUGUGCCCACCAACUGCGGCUGGAAGGACAAGCUGCCGGCCCUGCCGCCUCCCGUGUCCAUUGUUAUCGAGAAUGUUCUUCCUCGUCCUCUUAGCCAGAAAACCAUGACACGGUGCCUGAACCAAAAUGCGGAGAUCAUUACCCUGUUCGCCGUGCGAAUCCUGACUCUUGCUUUUACGAAACUGCGAGCUGUUCUGAAGAUCUUCCGAGCUGAUCAUGGACAAGCUCAGCUUUUCUGGAAUCAGGCCUCCACCAAGCUGUUAGCCGAGUUCUCUCGUCGGAUCCCAGUCGUUAAAGAUGCGAUCCUACUGUUCCGACGAACUGCCAAGGAUGAUUUACAGCAGCAAGAGGCUGUUGCAGAGCUCUUGGCUUGUUAUUACGAAGUCAUGCCUGAUAUUGCGUUGGAGGAAAAUUUCGAUGUCUCAUUAGUUUUAGUGGAUGUUUUGAAGCGCCUGGAGGAGCCCAAGCUCAGCGCUGAUGACUCUGAGAUGCUCCUCAGCCAGUUACAGAGUGUUCUCCAGAUCGCACAGCAGUCUGCCUCAAUGAGGUGGUGGCAGAAGCCAGCUUCUAUGCAAUACUCGCCAUUCACCUCAAUCCUCAAGGUUCUCGUAGAAACUUCUGACAAGGACUCUGCGCGUCGCAUCUCGGCUCUGCUCAUGUCUGUCCUUGCGGAAAACUCCGUCUUGCAGAACUUACCGCAGUCAUUCAACGCACUUUUGUCCAGUCUUGAAGAUUCCGAAUCCGACACACUACACAAACAGUUACUUUUCAUUGAUAACUGCGUGUCCCGAGCUGCGAAGAAGCCUGUCCACUAUUUGGACUUGAUCGGAUCUACCUCCCAAGAUGACACUGCGACCAGCCCUCUUGUUGCAGCUAUCGUUGAACAAUGGCCUUUUGUUGUAAAGGCCGGGGAUGAGUCUGAUGAAGUAGCCACUGGAACAUGGAUUGCCAAGGUGCUUGCGCAUUUGAAACAUGCCGGAGAAAACUCGGUUGCUUUGAAGGCUGCUCGUGAUGCCUUGGUUGAAGCUACCGAGACGAAGAAAACCCGCUCUUUGAUCAAGAAAUGUUUCAAGGGACAAGAGGAAGCUGAUGAUGAAGACAAAAUGGACGUGGAUUCUGGGCCCACUCCACCGACGUCGUCCGACAAGGCCUCAACAGUAGAUCUUGAUGAGAUCUUCGGCUUCCUGCCUACUGAAGGUACCACACAUAAUGCAUUGCACAGAUGGGAGAGAGAGGACAUAGAGCAAGCAGUUGAGCAAGGCCGUAUUGCCGAGCUGAUGCUUUGUUUGUGCUCGGAGUACGAGGAAGUUCGGAGACAGGCAUUCUCCAAGAUCGCUCGGUUUAUGGUCCAGCUGAAGGAAUCAAAAUACGUGGAGUGGCGUACCGUAUAUACUCUGACGGGUGAACUUCUUGAGACUGUCAAUCAGAUCGGUCUUGAGGAGCCUAUCCCCUGGAUCAUUGGCGAAUGUGCCUCCAACUGCCUGAAUAUCCUUACCCACCCCUUGCACAAGGUGUAUGGAAAGGUCAACAAGUUUUUGCAAAAAUCCCCUGUAUGGGAAGUUGAGAAGAUUCCUUCGUACUGGAUCGACAAGAUUUUCCUCAACGAGCCUGAGUUGGAUGACGGCUAUGUCGACGAGAUCGACUGGCUGCUGGGACUAUUUGUGAAGAGUCUCCGCACUAAAGCCGAUAUGGAAAUCUACAGACGUGCGAACGUCUUUGAACGCAUUCUCUCACUUUACCAGUCCCCGACUCUUGGCGAAGCGGCGCGACGAAAGAUUCUGCAUAUCAUUUACCGAGCUGCACAAGUUGGUGGAAGCACUACACUGAUUACCCGCGCGGCAGUCAUUAGCUGGAUCCAAGUUCAAGUUGCAGAAGCUGAUGUGAAGGAAGUGGCAUUGCUCGUGGCCUUGGCGCGGAAACUAUAUGAAACGUCUGACCGUGAGCGAGUCGAUGCGUGGAGCGCUGGAACUGUCGAGCAUGCUCUAAAAGAGAUCUCUCAUUCCUGA